CUGGCCCCGCCCUCGGAGCGCCAUGGCGGCGCGCGGACGGGGCCGCUGACGCAGGCGCCUCAUUCCCGCAGGAUGAAGGAGUGGUGGGUGCAGGUGGGGCUGGUGACUGUGCCCCUCCUCGCCGUGUACCUGCACAUCCCACCCCCCAAGCUCUCCCCGGCUCUCCUCUCCUGGAGGUCCUCCGGAGGCUUCUUCACCUACAAGGACCAGAACAUCUUCUACAGAGAUUCCAGCGGUGCCGUUGGCAGCUCCGAUGUUGUUGUGCUCCUGCACGGGUUCCCGACCUCCAGCUACGACUGGUACAAGAUCUGGGAAGGGCUGACACAGAGGUUCCACCGGGUCAUUGCUCUGGAUUUCGUAGGAUUUGGGUUCAGUGACAAGCCUAGACCCCACCACUACUCCAUCUUCGAGCAGGCCAGCAUCGUCGAGGGGCUGGUGCGGCACCUCGGCCUCCACCACCACCGGAUCAAUCUCCUGUCCCAUGACUAUGGGGAUACGGUCGCACAGGAGCUGCUGCACAGGUACGAGCACAAUAAAACUGGGAGCAUCUUGAUCAACAGCCUCUGCUUGUCCAACGGAGGGAUCUUCCCCGAAACUCACUACCCCCGCUUCAUCCAGAAGAUCCUCAAGGAUGGGGGGUUGCUGUCCCCCAUCAUCAUGCGCCUGAUGAACUUCUUUGUCUUCUCCAGAGGGCUUGGGGCAGUCUUUGGGCCCUACACACAGCCUUCACAGGCAGAGUACUGGGAUAUGUGGACAGCGGUGCGGACCAACGAUGGGAAUCUCGUUGUUGACAGUAUUUUGCAGUACAUAAACCAGAGAAAGAAGCACAGAGAACGUUGGGUUGGGGCUUUGAUGUCCACCUCUGUCCCACUGCAUCUCAUCUACGGGCCCCUGGACCCUGUGAAUCCACACCCAGAGUUCCUUCAGCUUUACAAGAAGGUGCUUCCCAUGUCCACAGUGUCUGUGCUGGACGACCACAUCAGCCACUAUCCACAGCUGGAGGAUCCAACAGGCUUCCUGAAUGCUUAUCUCAACUUCAUCAACUCCUUCUGAGCUGCUGCAGCUCAGUUCUUGCUCUGUGUUUACAUGUCAGGCUUUGGGGGCAGGAAAAAAACCUUCAUUUUAUUUCCAGAUCCAACACUUUGCAAUAACUUCCUGAUCUUUGGCUGUCAAACUGCUGCUUCUAUGCAGUUAAAUCCUUGGAGCACCAGAAAAGAUGAGGCUGGGAUAAAAGAUGAGCUCAAAGGAUAGCAGGAGCACAUAUGUCAGUGCAAGAGUCCUUACUUGCCUUCACUAUGUGCAUGACAGAGGUAGACAGGACCACUUGCAGCCAAGAUUUGAUGCUCAUAUUCCCAGCAUGGAUGCUGGUCUGGUUUUUAGUUGCAUGGAGGCAGUUGAAAUUACACCCCUGUACUAAGUGUUGUAAUACUUGACCAGCUUGUCAGGCGUGAAGCAUUUGAAGCCGAGUUUGCCUACACUAAAUACAGCAGCAGAGCUGGAUGUGUAAUCCCCCAGUGCAGGCAGUGAUGCUCUGCACCCAUAAAGGAGCAUUUAAAGACUGUAAUUAUCUUCAGUAAUCUCUUUUUAAUGGCCAGUGACCCAAAGGCAAGCUCUAAACCUCAAGUCUUUACCAUUUCCCUUGUUUUCUCUGCUCUUCAGUUGAACAAGCAGAGCUGCUCAGUGAUGCUGCACCCCUGGGACUACCUCAGGAGCUUUGCUGAAGCCUGGCUGUAGCUCCACCAGGGCAGGCUUAUGCCUCUUUCACUACAGCAAGCUGAAGAAGCAGUAUUUGGGCUAGCAAAAGCCAAAGUGUUCUUGUGAGCAAUAGCUAUUGGAGCCACAGGGAUGGGGGACAAGUAUUUAAAUAGCUGUUAAAAUAGUAUUCCUUCUUUCCUUCCUCACCCUGACUUGAUAGCUAAAGAAACACCAGACCAGCAGAGAGAUGCAGAACUUCCCUCACAAGGAAGUGACCACAAGCUCCCUCCUUCCCUGUCUUUUCCCAACUUUUGAUAUGGGAUGUUUCACACAGCAGUGUUUGGGAUUAUUAACAUAAGGCUCAGCAUUGAAUAUGCUUUGGGAGGUGAAGGUUAAUCUCUCUCUCUCUGGACAUUGAUUUUUCCAUGUGGAACAGAGGAGAUGAGCAUCAGGAUACCAUAAACUUGCAGGCUGGGUGGUUUUUAACUGCUUAUGUUUGAAGUUUCAUAGUGUCCCUUUAGGAACAAGGGGCUUUUUCUGAGUUAACAGCCAUCAUGGGCUACUUUUUCUGUACUGAAACAGCCAGAACUAGAACAAGAAAUGUCUAUUUUAUUAACAGUAAUUCAGAUGAUUUCCACCACUUGGACCAGGGUUUAUUUUCUGUUAAUAAAAAUCAAUUUUGACAAAA